GUGUCGCAACUUCUUUUUCUCCGUGUGAAGGUGAAGGUAAACGGUGUGUGUGAGCUGCUGUGAGUUCAGCAGCAUGGAUCAGUGUGAGGAUCCUCACAGCUCUCUGUGGGGGGAACAGAAGAAGCAGAACAAAGCUCAGAGGAAAGAACCUGGAUCUGGAUCUGAACCAGGACCAGAACCAGAACCCAGCUGUGUGUCUGUGAGGAGUGAUGGCUCAAAAGGCGACAUCACUGACUUUAAAAGACGACUGCGCUCUGCUGGAAAGAAGAUUCACCAGAAACUCAGACAUGGACCUGAAUCUGAAUCUGAUCCUGGAUCUGAACCCAGCUGUGUGUCCUUUAAGAGCGACCAGUCAAAGGAGAUUUUUGUUAGAUUUAAAGGAGAACAACCUUCUGCUUCAAAGAGAGUGGAGCAGCAGAACUCAGAGGUUCCCAGAGCUCAGUCUGUCCAGCAGCAUCACCUGGACUCCAUAUUCAUGCUGCUGGAGGACAACAUGGUGACUUUUGUGAAGAAGGAGCUGAAGAAGAUGCAGAAGGUUGUGAGUCCAGAUUACCCAGAAUGCUCAGAGAGUCAGAGGGAGGAUGAGGAGGAGUUGGAGGGUGAUGAUGAAGAUGAGAGGAGCAGCAGAGAGAUGUUUGAGCAGAUCACAGUGUUGUUCCUGAGGAGGAUGAAGCAGGAGAAGCUGGCUGACUGUCUGCAGAGCAAACUUUCUGCUGCAGUUUUUCGACGUAAACUUAAACGUGGUCUGAAGAAGAAGUUCCAGAGAGUGUUUGAGGGCAUCGCUAAAGCAGGACAGAAGACCCUCCUGAAUGAGAUCUACACAGAGCUGUACAUCACAGAGGGAGGGACUGCAGAGGUCAAUGAUGAACAUGAGGUCAGACAGAUUGAAGCAGCAUCCAGGAAAGCAGACAGAGCAGAAACAAGCAUCAGAGCAGAAGACAUCUUUAGAGGCUCACCUGGAAGAGAUGGACCAAUCAGAACAGUGAUGACACAGGGAGUGGCUGGCAUCGGGAAAACAGUGUUAACACAGAAGGUGACUCUGGACUGGGCUGAAGACAAAAGCAACCAGGACAUCCACUUCAUGUUUCCAUUGACUUUCAGAGAGCUGAAUGUGCUGAAAGAGAGAAAGUUCAGUUUGGUGGAACUUGUUCAUCACUUCUUCAGUGAAACCAAAGCAGCAGGAAUGUGCAGGUUUGAAGACUUCCAGGUUGUGUUGAUCUUUGACGGUCUGGAUGAGUGUCGCCUUCCUCUGGACUUCCACAACAAUGAGGUCCUGACUGAUGUUAGACAGUCCACCUCAGUGGAUGUGCUGCUGACAAACCUGAUCAGGGGGAAUCUGCUUCCCUCUGCUCGCCUCUGGAUAACCACACGACCUGCAGCAGCCAAUCAGAUCCCUCCUGACUGUGUGGACAUGGUGACGGAGGUCAGAGGGUUCACCGACCCACAGAAGGAGGAGUACUUCAGGAAGAGAUCCAGAGAUGAGGAGCAGGCCAGCAGCAUCAUCUCCCACAUGAAAACAUCACAAAGCCUCCACAUCAUGUGCCACAUCCCAGUGUUCUGCUGGAUCACUGCUACAGUUCUGGAGGAGCUGCUGAGAAGCAGAGAGGGAGGAGAUCUGCCCAGAACCCUGACUGAGAUGUUCAUCCACCACCUGGUGGUUCAGAGCAAAGUCAAGAAGGUCAAGUAUGAUGGAGGAGCUGAGACAGAUCCACAGUGGAGUCCAGACAGCAGAAGGAUGAUUGAGUCUCUGGGAAAACUGGCUUUUGAGCAGCUGCAGAAAGGAAACCUGAUCUUCUAUGAGUCCGACCUGACAGAGUGUGGCAUCGAUGUGGAAGCAGCCUCAAAGUACUCAGGAGUGUUCACACAGAUCUUUAAAGAGGAGAGAGGGCUGUACCAGGACAAGGUGUUCUGCUUCGUCCAUCUGAGCGUUCAGGAGUUUCUGGCUGCAGUCUACAUGUUCCACUGUUACACCAACAGGAAGGAGAAGGUUCUGGAGGACUUCCUGGGAAAAGACUGGAAAGACAAGAACAGAGACACUCUGGAUGUGUUCCUGAAGAGAGUGAUGGAGAAAUCCCUGAGAAGUAAAAAUGGUCACCUGGACCUGUUUGUUCGCUUCCUUCAUGGCCUCUGUCUGGAGUCCAACCAGAGACUGUUAGGAGGUCUGCUGGAUCGGAGAAAGAACCGUCCAGAAAUGAUCCAGAGAGUCAUCAACAACCUGAAGGAGAUGAAGAGUUAUGAAAUGUCUCCAGACAGAAGCAUCAACAUCUUCCACUGUCUGAUGGAGAUGAAGGAUCUCUCAGUCCAUCAGGAGAUCCAAGAGUUCCUGCAGUCAGAGAACAGAUCAGAGAAGAAACUCUCUGAGAUCCACUGCUCAGCUCUGGCCUACAUGCUGCAGAUGUCAGAGGAGGUUCUGGAUGAGUUGGACCUUAACAACUACAUAACAUCAUAUGAGGGAAAACAGAGACUGAUUCCAGCUGUGAGGAACUGCAGAAAGGCUCGACUUUCUUACUGUAAACUCUCAGAGAGUCACUGUGAAGUCGUGGUCUCAGCUCUGAAGUCCAACCCCUCCCAUCUGAUAGAACUGGACCUGAUUAACAACAACCUGGAGGAUUCAGGAGUGAAGCAUCUUUGUGAUGGACUGCAGAGUCCAAACUGUAAACUGGAGACUCUUAGAUUGAUGAGCUGCAGGUUGUCAGAGAUCAGCUGUGAUUCUCUGGUCUCAGCUCUGAAGUCCAACCCCUCCCAUCUGGAACAUCUGGACCUGAGCUACAACAAACUUCAGGAUUCAGGAGUGAAACAUCUGAGUGGUUUUGUGGAGAGUCCAGACUGCAUCCUGAAGACUCUGAGAUUGUGGCACUGCAGUUUGUCAGAGAUCAGCUGUGAUUCUCUGGUCUCAGCUCUGAAGUCCAACCCCUCCCAUCUGGAAUAUUUGGACCUGAGCUGGAACAACCUGGAGGAUUCAUCAGUGAAACAUCUGUUAGAUCUUGUGGAGAGUCCAGACUGCAGCCUGAAGACUCUGAGAUGGAAGUGAUGCUGAUCAGGACGAUGUUUGUGGUGAGAGGAUGAAGUGUGUCCUGAUGAUCCAGAGGUUGAAGCAGCAGCAGCAGCUGGUGUGUAGAGACUCUGACUGGACCAUGUUACUGGGAGGUGGACUGGGAACCAGUAUGAAGUGUGUUGUUCCUGUAUAGUUUAGUGUUGCAGCUCCACACUGUGAAUGAUGGAGAAGUUCAGUUCAUGUUGACUUGAUCCGUUGGAGGUUGAUGUCAGGUUUCAGAGUGUGCAGGAAGUUUCAGGAUGUUUCCACUCUGACUGAUAUCUGCCCACUUGGAGCCUCAAUUCCAGGUUUUCAGCCCUUGGUCUGUUUGUGGGAAUGUUCCAGUGUUAUCUUUUAGUUUUGUCCUCACAUUAGCAUGACGUCAUGGUUGGUAAGGAUUCAAUCUGACCUUUAUUAACACAGAAUCAUGAAACAUCCUGACUCAGCUUGUAAAUAACACUCAGGGCCUUCAGGUGUUUAAUCAGGAUUUUUCCAGCACAUAUUAGUUGUUUGAUGAUCAUCAGUCAGUUUUCUGCUGACAUGUGGUUCCAUCAGCUCAGUUCCUGCUCUCUGACAGAAACUGUGUUUGUCCAACUGGUCAGUUUGUCAGUCAGGAUGGAAUUCUUCAUCCAGACCUCCAUCAUGAGCUUCAUGUUCAGAUCCACUGUUUGUUUGAGAUGAAAAUUCCACAGCAGGUGUUUCUCCUGUUUGUAGCUUUAGUUGUGGGCAGUGAGUGUAGGUGAGUCCAAGCAGGGUUUUCAUUUGGACUUUUAUCUGCUCAACGUAGGAGAGUUAAGUUUGGUUCUAACUUGUAGUCAGAAAUCUUCUUUUCUUCUCAGUAGCAUCUAUCACCCUCCGUUGCUCCUUUUUCUGUCUCCUGUGUUGUUUGAUUUGUGCUAACUCAACAACUUCCUUCAGUAAUGCUGUAGUAUUUCAUCCUCACUUCUCAACCCUGUACAUAUUGUAAAUAUUGUUACUACUAUUUUAUUAUCAUUUUAUUUCUAUUCUACAUUUAUUGCUGCUGGAACAAUGUGAAUUUCUCCUGCUAUGGGGAGAAAUAAAGGACUUUUCUCAAUAAAUCAGUCAUCUUUGGUUCA